CUGGGCCGCAUCCGCAUCACUCUCCAGAAGAAACUCCGGAGCUGCACCAAGCCCAACUAGGGUUUCCUCGCCCCCACCUCCGCCGCCGCCGCCGCCGCCGCCGACCUCCUCCGGCGACCGCCGGGGCGGCCUUAGGUGCCGGAAACCUUUGCCGCCUCCUCCGCUUAGCCGAACAAAUCGCAUACCCGCCGCCGGGUUGGCUGGUGGUGGAGCACCGGACAUGGCCACACCACUCAUAGCAGGACUUGCGGUUGCAGCGGCGGCUCUUGCUGGUAGAUAUAGCAUCCAAGCUUGGAAUGCUUAUAAAGCCAGGCCUGUAGUUCCUAGAUUGCGCAAAUUCUAUGAGGGUGGCUUUCAACCUACGAUGACCCGAAGGGAAGCUGGUUUAAUCCUUGGUGUCAGGGAAAAUGCGCAUCCUGAGAAGGUAAAAGAGGCACAUAAGAAGGUCAUGGUUGCUAACCAUCCAGAUGCAGGCGGUAGCCAUUACCUUGCUUCAAAGAUCAAUGAGGCCAAGGAUAUUUUGUUAGGGAAGACAAAAGGAGGGGGGUCAGCCUUUUGAUUAUAUGAUAAUAAUGCACCAUAUGUUCUUCUAGUGAAAUGGUGAAUUUUGGCAUCUAUAGUCUCAGGACUGAAAGGUAGGCAAAAAUCUUGAUGUGACUAGAAUUCAUGGGUGGCGAAUGUUAGCAGCUCAGCCCACUGUUUGACAUUUCCAUGGCCGGUUGUGUGCGCCCAACUGGUUACCGAAUAACUGAUAUACAUGAAGAAGAUGGCAUCUCCUGUACGUUGUAUCAGAUUUCCAUUCACAUGUCAAA